UUGGCCUUUGGGCGAAGAUAUGGCCCGACAGCCGGAGGGGGGUCAUCGCAGCGAUCGGCCGGCCUGCCCGCCGCCUCCGGGAAGCCAAGCGGCGGCCAGCAGCGCCUCGGCUCCUUUAAGGCUGGGCAGGCGAAACGCGAUCCCGCAGUGAGCGCGGGCUUCUGCUGCCGCUGCAGGAGCCGCCGUUAACAGCCGCCUCGCCAUAGAAGCGAAGCCCACGCGUGGGCGGCCGGGGCUGGCGUCGGGAUUCUCCCGGCUGCAGGAGCUCGCCGGCAAGGAUGGGCGGGGAAGCCGGGCGAUCGCGCUGAGCCCCGCAGGAAGAAGAAAGAUGACUAUCUUUAAUAAACUCAAUCUGGGCAUCGCUGUGAGCAGUUUUGCUAUAUUUCAACUUAGCUUUCAUGUGCUGAGUUCUUGGCUAUCUUCACGCCUAACAUCUGGUUUUAAUAAUCUUGACCAAAAGAAGAAAAUUGAAUGGAACACAAGGACAGUAUCUACGUUCCAUGCCUUGGUGGUUGGAAUAUUUUGUGUGUAUAUUUUAUUGUAUGAUGAAGCUGUUAAUGCUGACCGUGUUUGGGGCGAUCCUUCUACAGUGCAACUAAAUCUUGCUGUCACCAUAGGCUACCUCAUUUCAGAUUUGUUGCUUAUUAUUUUGCACUGGAAGGCAAUUGGGGACAUAUUUUUUGUAAUUCACCAUGUACUAGCUCUAUAUGCAUAUUACUUUGUACUGGAUAGAGGAAUAUUGGCAUAUUUUGCUAAUUUUCGUCUGCUUGCAGAAUUGUCUACCCCUUUCGUGAAUCAGCGGUGGUUCUUUGAAGCAUUGGGGUAUUCUAAAGCUUCAAAAGCCAACAUCAUCAAUGGACUGCUAAUGACCAUCAUGUUCUUCCUAGGGAGGAUCAUAGUCAUUCCAAUUUAUUACAACAGUGUGGCUUCCGAGUUUGGAACAGAAGCCUACUACAGAUUAGGAUUUGUAGCUCAAAGCGCCUGGUUCGUCUCCAGUAUCGCACUGGAUAUUAUAAACUUAAUGUGGAUGGUCAAAAUUACACGAGGAUGUUACAAGGUUAUUUGUCUCAUCGGACAAGAAGAAGCCAAAGCUCAUAAAAAUGGCAAAUCUGACAACACGAAGAAGAACUUUUAAUAGCAGUUUGGGGUACGUUAAAAGAACAAUGCCAUAAAAAGUUCCUCUUAAAGAAAUAUAAAGUUACCUUUCUUAAAUUUAGCAUUUCCGAUAACACACUGCCUGGAUCUCCAAAACUUUUUCAUCUGAAGACUUGGAUUGUGUGGAGUCAGAAACAGCAACAACAUGCUGCAUAUGUUGAAUUUGGCAGGGUGACCCAAGCAUUGAGCAGUCGGCUAAAUCCCUGAAGGAUCAACCUCUUUUAGCACUAUAUUCCUGUGAAUUUUCACUCAGGUUUCUUAAAACAAUACGUUUUUAAUGCUUGUGAAUGUCAGGUUGUUUACGUUCUGCUAAUAUGGCAACAUUUCUGGCAUGUUUCUUGGCUUUCCUAAUAUUUGGUGUUCAUAUCUUAUCUGCAUUGCAAAUUACUCAUUUCAGAUCUGUACAUUUUACUGCUUUUUCUACUGCCUUACAUGCAUGAACAGGAUCUUUAAGAUUCAUUGACUAGUUUUACAUACAAAUAUGAAUUUGAGCUUGAAGAUCUUUUUUCUUAAAUGAGUUAUUUUUAUUGCUUCUUACUGUAUAUAAUAAUAGUAUAGAUGUUUUGAACUUUUUAAAUAUCCAAAUUUUAGCAUCUUUGCAUGGCAAACAGUAGGGACAUUUUUAAAAACGCGCCAGUAUUCUUCUUUCCCUGACACAAGUAUUGGGACUUCAAUCUGUUUUCAGCGUUUUAUCCUGUAACAGACAAAUUUUAUGCUAUAAAAACUUCUGAGAGACAAAGCAUUAAUGAAUUUUGGACAUGUGGAUUGUCACAAGAGCCUCUACAAGUAAGAAAAAUUACUAAAUCAGUUCAUUUUAACUUUUCUCAAUUUUUCUUUAAUACAAUUUAGGAAAAUGUGCUUCUCCAAUGAGAAAAAUCAUCCUUCAGCUCUUGACAACGGCCACUUGCAGAAACAUCGCUAAUAUUUAUUUAUUUAUUUAUUUAUUUAUUUAGUCAUAUCUGUGCUGUUUUAGUUUUAGCAACUCAAGAUGGUCUACAGUAACCUCAGUAUGAUCAAAAUAAAAGUUAGACAAUCACUAAUUAAAAAGGACAUUACAGUAAAUAGUCCAGUUUCACUAUCUUCGCUGAAAAGUGUUUGGACCAGGCUGGUCUUAAUUUUUUUGCAAAGAAAAAACCAAGUAGUAGGCUCUGCAUCUCAGGGAUCAAGAUAUUCCACAGAGUUGGAGAAUACACACUUCUGGUACCUACUCCUUUCACUUCAUGCAGAUGUGGGACCCUUUGCCACCUUUUUAGGAAUGCUAUUACAGGAUGACUGAUUCUAUUCAAGAGAGGUGUACAGGGGCUGAAUUCUGUAAUAUAUAAGUUAAUGCUUGUAUCUCGAACUGGACCCCGAAGCCUAUUGACAACCAACAAAGUGAGUUUGGGUGUACGCUAUUAAAUCCACUCCUCCUUUUUAUUAGUAGCUAGGUUGAUGCAGUUUGGCUCAGUUGCAGCUUCCAAGUCAUUUUCAAGUUCACUCCCGCAUAAAAUAUAUUGCAGUAGUCUAACUGUGAAGUAACAAGGGCAUGAAUCAUAGUUGCAAAUACAAAGUGAAAAGGGAAAAUUUGUAAGAGAAACAAAAUAAUUGGAAAUCUGUUGUUUACAUUAACUUCACAUAUGCUUUCUAUUAUUAUGGGCUCAAGUUUAUUUUACAUUGUAAUAUAUUAAAUUGAAUUUACCAAAUGUCA